AUGAGCGGGGCUACCAUAGCUAUCGCACUCGUGAUCCACGUUGAAAGCAAAUCGUGCUGCAGUUCGGCAACGUCUCUCUUGUCAGACGGACUGCAGCAAAAUGCUGGCAAGCCACCGUCUGGGACGUUGUUCAGAGCGUUAUCGUCGACUUGGAUAACGAGGCGUAGUACAGGCAUUUGGUGGCUCGACUUCAGCGUGGCAUGGUCAGUACACGGCAGUCUUGGGAAUCAUUGGGAGGGAACGUACGGGAUUCUAGAAUGGAAUCAGAGACCGAAUGAACGCAUGGACCUUGGCCCAUGCCACAUGAUAGUCAUGCUGAAAAUACGAUCGACACGGCUUUUGGGAUCUCAAUAA